CUGGGCCGGGAGGCGCGGGCGGAGGGCGGGGCGCGGCGGCCACCCCGCGCGACUGAGCGCCCCUACCAGUCCGCCCGUGGGCUGUUGGCUCCGCAGUCGUCGCCCCGGGCCCAGAGCUGGAGUCCCAGGGACUCACAGGACCCGGGCCCAGCCCUCGAAAAGUCGCCUCAGCUGGGGGAAUCGCUCGAACUCAGACGUCCUGUCCUAGUGCGACCCGCCUGGGUCGGAGGCUACGACCACCAUGGAGCAGUGUGCGUGUGUAGAGAGAGAGCUGGACAAGGUCUUGCAGAAGUUCCUGACCUAUGGGCAGCACUGUGAGCAGAGCCUGGAGGAGCUGCUGCACUACGUAGGCCAGCUACGGGCUGAACUGGCCAGCGCAGCCCUCAAGGGGACCCCUCUCUCAGCCACCCUCUCCAUGGUGAUGUCACAGUGCUGCCGGAAGAUCAAAGACACCGUGCAGAAACUGGCUUCAGACCACAAGGACAUUCACAGCAGCGUGUCCCGAGUAGGCAAAGCCAUUGAUAGGAACUUUGACUCUGAGAUUUGCGGUGUAGUCUCGGACGCGGUGUGGGACUCGCGGGAGAGGCAGCAGCAGACCCUGCAGAUGGCCAUCGUGGAACACCUGUACCAGCAGGGCAUGCUCAGCGUUGCCGAGGAGCUGUGCCAGGAAUCAACACUAAACGUGGACCUGGAUUUCAAGCAGCCUUUCCUGGAGUUGAAUCGAAUUGUGGAAGCUCUGCAUGAACAAGACCUGGGGCCUGCACUGGAAUGGGCUGUCUCCCACAGGCAGCGCCUGCUGGAACUCAACAGCUCGCUGGAGUUCAAGCUGCACCGACUGCACUUCAUCCGCCUCCUAGCAGGUGGCCCUGAGAAGCAGCUGGAGGCUCUCAGCUAUGCCCGGCACUUUCAGCCCUUUGCUCGGCUGCACCAACGGGAGAUCCAGGUGAUGAUGGGCAGUCUGGUGUAUCUGCGGCUGGGCUUAGAGAAGUCACCCUACUGCCACCUCCUGGACAACAGCCACUGGGCAGAGAUCUGUGAGACCUUUACCCGGGAUGCAUGUUCCCUGCUGGGGCUUUCUGUGGAGUCCCCCCUCAGUGUCAGUUUUGCCUCUGGCUGUGUGGCACUGCCCGUGCUGAUGAACAUCAAAGCUGUGAUUGAGCAGAGGCAGUGCACUGGGGUCUGGAGUCACAAGGAUGAGUUACCGAUUGAGAUUGAACUAGGCAUGAAGUGCUGGUACCACUCAGUGUUUGCUUGCCCCAUCCUCCGCCAGCAGACGUCGGAUUCCAACCCUCCCAUCAAGCUCAUCUGCGGCCAUGUUAUCUCCAGAGACGCACUGAACAAGCUCAUUAAUGGAGGAAAGCUGAAGUGUCCCUACUGUCCCAUGGAGCAAAACCCAGCAGAUGGGAAACGCAUCAUAUUCUGAUUCCUGUCCGGAACUUUGUUAAAAGGGGUUUUUCACCCAGGACCCUUGGUCUGCCUCAGUAGGGUGGGUGGCUCCAGCGGACUCUGGUUUAUUUCAGAGCACUUGGCUGAGGAGUGCUACCGUGGGAGAGCCAGAGCAGCCCUUUGGCAGAGCCUGAGGAGAGAGAUGAACCAGCCCACACCUGGCACUUGGCUCCUUGGCCGUAAGGAAAGGAAGAUGCUGGCCUCUGUGCUCCUGCUCUGUCUCUUCCUGUUUAUAUUUCCCUCGACUUAGUAGGAACUGACAGCAUAGCAAAGGACUUGGCCUUCAGCAGCAGACAUCUUUCCAUCCCUGCCCUCAGCCAUGUCUCUUACUGCCAUGCCAACGCUUGUCCAUUCUUGCCCUUCAGCCCGAGGGUAUCCAGCUGUGGCCCACCUCCUCCCCUGUACAGCCCCAACUGUAUGUAUCCAUUUCCCACUGUAAAUAGUCAAAGUUAGAACUGAAUGCCACUGUUUUAUAAUGUUGAGCAAAUAUAUUCACGGCCCUUCUCCUCA